UCUCUAGCCUGCGCUUGCAUAAUUUUCAAAACAAAAAAGAUUUUUCGAAAAUUUCACGAUGAGACUGCGCUGCCAGGCGAUAUACCGUCAUGUGCGACAUGUUUCUGCAUCGGCCAGCGCUGCAUCCAAUCCUGCACCUGCCACAGCAGCAAAAGCAGCCGCAGAAAUCCAGCCGGAACCGGCGACAGCACGUGUAACGUUUAUGGAGAAAAUUCAACGCGGGCCCGGUCUGCAAGACUUUUUCACAGUGAAACCCGCCUCCAAGCUGAAACUGGGCGAAGAGGCGGAACUUGAGGGAGUGGAUAGCAGCAUUCCGUAUUUGAACUCCAUCGAUUUCCAUGGUCAUGGGCGAAAGGUUCACUUCGAGGUGUAUGGCUGCCAGAUGAACACCAACGACACGGAGGUGGUGUGGAGCAUACUGAAACAGCAUGGCUAUGAGCGUUGCCAGGAGCUGGAAGAUGCGGAUCUAGUCAUGCUGGUCACCUGUGCCGUGCGCGAGGGAGCUGAGCAGAAGAUCUGGAAUCGCUUGCGACAUCUGCGUGCCAUGAAGCAAAGGCGAGGCACCAAGCGGCAGCCACUGCAGUUAACGCUGCUGGGAUGCAUGGCGGAGCGAUUGAAGGAGCAGCUGCUGGACCAGGAGCAGUGCGUGGAUGUCAUUGCGGGGCCGGACAGCUACAAGGAUCUGCCCAGGCUGCUGGCAGUGUCGCGGCAUUACGGAAAUUCCGCCAUCAACGUACUCCUCUCGCUGGACGAAACGUACGCGGAUGUGAUGCCAGUCCGACUGAAUGCCGAGUCGCCCACGGCCUUUGUCUCCAUCAUGCGCGGCUGCGACAACAUGUGCACCUACUGCAUUGUGCCCUUCACCCGUGGCCGGGAGCGCUCGCGACCACUGGCGUCCAUUGUCAAUGAGGUGCGCGCCCUGCAGGAGGAGGGCGUCAAGGAGGUGACUCUCUUGGGACAGAAUGUCAACUCGUAUAGGGACAAGGGAGCUGGAGAGGCCUCAGAGCAGCCCAGCCUGGUGCCGGGCUUCAAAACCGUUUACAAGCCCAAAACGGGUGGCAUUCCCUUCUCCGAGCUGCUCCAGAGCGUGGCCGAGGCUGUGCCCGAGAUGCGCAUACGUUUCACCUCCCCCCACCCCAAGGACUUCUCUGACGAGGUGCUGCGUGUCAUUCGGGACUAUCCCAAUGUCUGCAAGCAGCUCCAUUUGCCAGCACAGUCGGGCAACACGGAGGUUUUGGCCAGGAUGAGGCGUGGCUACACCCGGGAGGCGUACCUGGAGCUGGUGGACCACAUACGAGAGAUACUGCCGACCGUGGGUCUGUCCAGUGACUUUAUCUGCGGCUUCUGUGGCGAAACGGAGGCAGAGUUCGAGGACACCGUCUCGCUCAUCAACAGAGUGCAAUACAACGUGGCCUAUCUGUUUGCCUACAGCAUGCGGGAGAAGACCACGGCGCAUCGGCGCUACGUGGAUGAUGUUCCUGUGGCUGUGAAGACAGCGCGACUGCAGCGCAUGGUCCAGGCCUUCCGAGAGGGAGCGACCCAGCUGCACAAACAUUUUGAGGGCCAGCAGCAGCUUAUUCUCAUCGAGGGUAAGAGCAAGCGCUCAGAUGCCCACUGGUUUGGACGCAACGAUGCCAACAUCAAGGUGAUUGUUCCUGCCAUGGAUCUGCCCACGGGCGCCACGGCAAAUGCAGCACGCAGGGCCAUAGAUGUUGGCGACUUUGUGGUGGCCCAAAUAGACGAGUCCAACUCUCAGGUCCUGAAAGGAACUCCCCUGGAAAUCAGCAGCAUUGGCAGCUUUAACAGCAGAACGAGGCUAGGGCUUACAUAAUAAAGUGAGCUUUAAUCGAACUUAAUUUUA